AUGGCAUCCGCGUCACCGCUCCCUACCUCUGAGCUGGAGCAGAUUGCUCAACAGGCCUGCGAGCAAGCCAUCGGCUCCGCUGAGUCAUACGACCACACAAAGGUUGGAGACUGGAACAGCGAGAUCAUUCAAUACAUCCUCAAGACCCUCAUCAGCAAGACUACACCCUCAUCCGAAUCCUCCACCACCCCUGAAACUCCCUCGCAACCCGCCUACAAGUACAUCGCCAACAGCACUGUAAUCCAGCACAUUGGCUCUCCCGCGGAACCCGAAAAGCACGGCCGCCGCGGCAUGCACAGCGCGGUUGGCGCCUUCUGGAACAACGAGAAGGACGGUACAUACAGCUACAAGUGGGAGGCUGCCGAGAAGAAGGGCAUGGACAUUGUCAUUACCAUCACCUGGAUUGCUAUCUAG